AUGAAGUUCGCAGUGAAGGCAUGGAGCAGCGGAAAAGCGCGGGCAGGGGUGCUCCAGCUGGGCAGCUGCCCGGGCCCAAUAGAGACCCCUUCUCUUCUCCUCUCUACUCGAAAGGGCCUGCCUCAUUUCAUCCCCCCUGACCUUCUUUACUCUCUUCCUUCCCCUGAUUCCCAUCUCUUCCAUGUUAGCUCCCUCCACUUCUUGGAAGGCCUCUCACCACAAACAAUAUCAAAGAUAGGAGGCUUGCAUCAGAUGCUUGGUUUGCCGGAACACGGGUUCGUCUGCAUACCAAGGGACUCUAUUCAAUGCCUUCCAGAAUGUAAUAGCAGUAACAAAUUUGGAGCAUCUUUUGAGACUCCUUGCGGUCGCCGUUUGAUUAAACCAGUAGAGUAUGUUGAGUUGAUUUCUUCCUUGAGACCCAAUAUAUGGACUACUUUGGCUGAUGAAGUUCCUACGUGGGUAUCAGAGAAGAGGAACAAGACCUCAGUUGAUCGAACUAUUAGAUGGCUUGAUGAAUGCAUUGCGCUAAAUCUGGCAGGUGGACCUGUCUUUGGAUCCAUUGUUGGAGGGUGUUCUGUAAAAGAACGUGAACGAUGUGCGCAAGAAGCGGCCCGCAGAAAUUUAUCAGGUUACUGGAUCGGAGGUUUUGGGCUUGGAGAGAGCAUGGAUGAGCGCCCUGCUCUCCUUAAUGCUGUUACUGAUAUCUUACAAGAGGAGAAACCACGCUUGAUCACUGGACUUGGACUUCCAGAGGAGAUCUUGCAGGGGGUUGCUGCAGGCAUUGAUGUCUUUGAUUCUACGUAUCUAUGCCAUCUUACCCUUGGUGGCUUUGCACUUACGUUCCCACUAGAUGGAGUUGAGAUGAAUACAUCUGAUAAUAUAGGAAGUGACCAGACAAAGAUUAAUUUGAGAGCAACAGUUUACAGGAAAGAUAUAUCACCAAUUGUUGAAAAUUGUAACUGCUAUACGUGCAAGAAUCAUACAAAAGCUUACAUCAAUCACCUGCUCAAUGUUCAUGAAAUGCUGGCUCAGACUCUACUAGAAAUGAUUCUUCCGCUCAGUAAGGGAGGCAAUAAGUCCGGUAAUUUUGAGCAAUUCAGACAGAAAUUUGUUGAGGGUAGAUGUUACCAUGUUGCUGCCGAAGCUGCUGCUGCCUGCAUGUGA